AGCGACUACAUCAUCCGAUUCAUUAUAAGCUGACGACGACGACCACAGGGAGGAGCAACUAGGAGAAGGAACGCAGACUGAUCGAAUCAAAACUUGCGAAAGAAAGAAGAAAUACGUGUUCAAAGCCCCUCGAGAUUGAAAAGAUGCCAACGAAAAAGACGAGGAACCUAGACCGGGCUAAGACGGCGCGAAUGUCACAAAAGAAGAAGGAGCAUUCUGCGGCACGAUCGAGUCGAAAGACGGCUGUCCAGACGAGCAAAGCGGCGAUAGCUGAGCAGGAAGAAGAAGAACAAGUCGAGCUAGAUCCGUGGGAGCGAGCACGCAAGAUCCUGCACGUGAGUUCGACGCCGUCAUGGCUGCCAUGCCGGGAAGAAGAGUUUGCGGAACUGGAGGCAGCAUUGACGGAAUCGAUCGAAGAGGCCAGCGGAUCUUGUCUCUACAUCUCCGGCGUCCCUGGCACCGGAAAAACAGCCACCGUCCAUAGCGUCAUCAGCUCCUUGCAGAAUAAAGCUCGCAACGGCGAACUCAAUCCGUUCAAGUUCUUCGAAAUUAAUGGGAUGAAAGUCACCGAACCCAGCCAAACUUUCAUCCUCUUUUGGGAAUUCAUCGCUAAAAAUCUCGUCGAUCCUAACUCCCCUCCCAAACGUACUUCGGCUCGUGAAGCUCUGAAAAACCUUGAGAAUUACUUCAAUUCUCCUGAACCUGAUAGAGAGACUUGCGUAUUACUAGUAGAUGAACUAGAUCAGCUAGUCACACGGAAGCAGGAGGUGAUCUACAACUUUUUCAACUGGCCGAACCAAGCGCACUCCAGAUUGAUAGUGAUAGCGGUAGCGAACAAGAUGGAUUUACCGGAGACGGAGUUGAACGGGAAGAUCCGGUCGCGACUGGGGUCGAACCGGAUCCAAUUCAAGCCAUACAACCACCACCAACUGAUGGAGAUCCUGGAGAUGCGACUGGAAGAAUUGAAGGAUGCGGUGUUUGUGAAGGACGCGAUCCAAUGGGUGUCCAAGAAGAUCUCCUCGCUCACCGGCGACGUCCGCAAGGCUCUCGAUCUCUGUCGUAGUACCUUGGAAAGAGUCGAGAAGGAGAACGAGAUCCGGAUGGAAAACGGCGAGGAAGCUCGCUUGGUUCAAGUCAAAGAUGUCAUCGAUACUUAUGAACAGAUGAUCUCCUCCGGGGUCUCCAGAUUCAUUAAAGAGUUGAGCCCGCAUCAAAGUAUCAUGCUCCUAUCGAUUUCAAAGGCCAUCAAAGUGGCCGGGAUACCAGAGGUAGAAUUAGGCGACGUGAUUUCUCGACACAUCCGACUCGCGAAUACCUUAGGAUUCCAACCUGAGCCGUCGCAUGAGGAGCUCAUGACGGUGGUCUCUAGCUUGCAAAACAUGAAACUGAUCCUGAACGAAUCGAGCUCGUUUGAUUACUUCUCUAGAAUCAAAUUGGAGGUCACCGAUUCCGACUUGCGAUUGAUCACUAAGAAUGACAAGCGUUUUUCUAGUAUCACUAUCUGAGCUCGUUUAUGUUCCAUCUUCUUUAUCCUUUCUUGAUAACAGUUGCAUCUUCUCAUCAUCUCUACCCCGCUAUAUCAACUUCUUCAUUCCUAUCUCCCUAGGAUUGUCUUAUAGUACAAUAGAGUACAUAGACUUCCAUUUGUACAUUAUACAGAUUCAAUAAUCAUCGUUUUAUUACCUAUUUUUUAUUUUUUGACUCCAUGUAACCCUGGAACUUCUGCAGACAAUUUCCUUUGCCAGUUUUCGCUUAAUAAUGUAUUUAUUCCUUGGUUAUUUUUGUUUUGAUUGAAUUUUUUAAUUCAUGAAAUGUCCUAGAUCAGGCGUUUUUUUUUUCUCAGUCCCCA